AUGUGGCAGGCCGCAAGUAGGGUAUCGAGGUCGGUGUUAGAGAAUGGAACCUGUGGUGCGCCCAAAACACGCCUUAAGAAAUCAAUUGGACACUGUCGCGCACGCGCUGCGAUACAUACGAGGACUGUCACCGACGCCGAUAUCGCACAUCUCGCCGCGAAGCCUCUACAUCCUUUGACGCUUGCGGACCUGGUCAAACAUGGUCGACCGCCAUUACCAGCUGAAGCACUCUUCAAAUCCGCGAAUUUCACCCUCUCGAUUCUGCCAGCACGUCUUGCGCACCGAAUCCAGUCUCUACGGAAUCUGCCCUUUAUAGUCGUCGUCAACCCUCAAAUAUCCAAGAUCCACGAGAAUUAUCUGCAUUCGCUGUCCACACUGCUGCCAUGGGCUGAGAAAGAGAUCAGUACCCUGGAAGAUGAGAUACAAUUCACGGAGGUGAUGGCUGACCUGGUGCACACUCAUGCUGAUACAAUCUCAAUACUGGCACGGGGCUUUCUAGAGGCCCGGAAAUAUAUAUCCCCCAAAGAUGUCACAAGAUUUCUCGACGAGCACCUCCGUGCUCGAAUUGGUACUCGUCUCAUAGCAGAACAACACAUUGCAUUACAUUUCUCAUCACAACCACACCAAGAUCUAUCAGACGAUGCUGAUAUUCACGCAGAAUCAGGGUAUAUCGGUGUGAUUGAUACGAAGCUUUGCCCUGCUUCCAUUGUUCGCCAGUGCGAAUCAGUGGUGUCCGACAUAUGCGAGCUGAAAUACGGCCUUCGACCAUCGCUUGUAAUCAACGGCGAGCCAGAAUACACUUUCGCACAUGUCCCUGUACACCUGGAAUAUAUCAUCACCGAGCUACUGAAGAACGCGUUUCGAGCGACUGUAGAACGAGGAAAGGAGCGCGAACCGGUCGAGGUGACCAUUGCGCCAUUGCCAGAAAAUAACCUUUCAGACGCAUCAAACAAGAUGCUCAAAAAUAUCGAUCAAUGGAAUGUGGACAAAGCUUCAAGAUUGGCGUCUCAUAUUGUCGAGGAAGUGAACACCGGUGUCUCCGAGAAUAUCCGACCCCUGAAGCGAUCUACACCAGGAGUGACUAUUCGUAUUCGUGAUCAUGGGGGUGGUAUAACACCAGAGAAUUAUCAACAUAUCUGGGAUUACAGCUUCACGACAUUCACAGAAGAUGAAGCCUCUUCGAGUCUUUCGAUUGGUAGUGGACUGGAGGCUUUGAGCACAAUAUCCGGUGCCAGUGGCGAUAAUAAGAACAGCCUUGCUGGUCUUGGAUAUGGCCUUCCUUUAGGGAGAGCCUAUGCGGAAUACUUUGGAGGAGGUAUCGCCGUGCAAAGCAUGUGGGGAUGGGGUACAGACGUUUAUCUCAGCCUACGGGGUGUGGGAAGAGUUGAAUGUGGUGACACGUGA